AUGCCAUUUCCAUCGUCGCGGCGGUACCGUCGCCUCCCAUCACCGUCUUUUCGUCGCCCUCCCUUCCCCUGCCCGUCGCGCUCCCUUCCCUGCCCGUCGCGCCCCCUUCCCUACCCGUGGCGCUCCCUUCCGUCAUUCCCGACACAUAUUGCCUUCUCGUCAUUCUCCCUUUUCGUGGCUAUUUUGUUUUUUUCCUGCACGUCGCCCUCGCUUCCCCUCCCCGUCGCGCUCCCUUUCCCUCCCCGUCUCGCUCCCUUCCCCUCACCGUCGUGCUGCCUUCCCCUCCCCUGUCGUGCUCCCUUCCCCUCCCCGUCGUUCUCCCUUCCCCUCCCCGUCGUGCUCCUUCCCCUCCCCGUCUCGUUCCCUUCCCCUCCCCGUCGCGCUCCCUUCCCCUCCCCGUCUCUUUCCCUUCCCCUCCCCGUCUCGUUCCCUUCCCUCCCCGUCUCGUUCCCUUCCCCUCCCCGUCGCGCUCCCUUCCCCUCCCCGUCUCGUUCCCUUCCCCUCCCCGUCUCGUUUCCUUCCCCUCCCCGUCUCGUUCCCUUCCCCUCCCCGUCUCGUUCCCUUCCCCUCCCCGUCUCGUUCCCUUCCCCUCCCCGUCGCGCUCCCUUCCCCUCCCCGUCUCGUUCCCUUCCCCUCCCCGUCUCGUUCCCUUCCCCUCCCCGUCUCGUUCCCUUCCCCUCCCCGUUUCGUUCCCUUCCCCUCCCCGUCUCGUUCCCUUCCCCUCCCCGUCUCGUUCCCUUCCCCUCCCCGUCUCGUUCCCUUCCCCUCCCCGUCUCGUUCCCUUCCCCUCCCCGUCUCGUUCCCUUCCCCUCCCCGUCUCGUUUCCUUCCCCUCCCCGUCGCGCUCCCUUCCCCUCCCCGUCCCGUUCCCUUCCCCUCCCCGCCGCGUUCCCUUCCCCUCCCCGUCUCGUUCCCUUCCCCUCCCCGUCUCGUUCCCUUCCCCUCCCCGUCUCGUUCCCUUCCCCUCCCCGUCGCGCUCCCUUCCCCUCCCCGUCCCGUUCCCUUCCCCUCCCCGCCGCGUUCCCUUCCCCUCCCCGUCUCGUUCCCUUCCCCUCCCCGUCUCGUUCCCUUCCCCUCCCCGUCUCGUUCCCUUCCCCUCCCCGUCUCGUUCCCUUCCCCUCCCCGUCUCGUUCCAUUCCCCUCCCCGUCUCGUUCCCUUCCCCUCCCCGUCUCGUUCCCUUCCCCUCCCCGUCUCGUUCCCUUCCCCUCCCCGUCUCGCUCCAUUCCCCUCCCCGUCUCGUUCCCUUCCCCUCCCCGUCUCGUGCCCUUGCCCUUCCCUUCUUUCCUCUCUUGUUCUUCCCUCCUUUCUCUCCUCGCCGUACCCUCCGCAUCCCAUUGCAUUCCACCGAGCACUGCAUCCCGUUUCGUCAUUUUCGCCAAGUCCGCUUCCCACCACUCUCGUUUCCCCCCUUGUACUUUCCCCCGUUCCCCCACUGCCCCCCCUUUCUUUCCCCGUGUCUCCCUUUUCGCCCAUGUUUCUCCCGCCUUUCCACCCUGUCCUGAAGUCCCUUGUCCCUCCCUCCCUUCCCCCGCUGACCUUCCCACCGUUUUCCCCCUCCCCCCUCCCUCCCUUUCCCCCGUGUCCUCCCUCCCCUUGCCCCUCAAUCCCUGA